GCUUGGCAGCAGGACGCUGGCAACAGGCGCACUCCCUGCUCCGGUCCAGCCUGCCCGCUCCGCCACCACCGUGGUCGCCAUGCCCACUGCCUGGCGCUCCGUCGUUCUAGCCCUGCUCGUGGCCCUGCACGAAGGCAAGAGCCAGGCCGCUGCCCCCCACGCCCCAGAGCAGCCAGCGCCCUUGCCCCGUGCCCGAGGCUCCCACCUGCGGCCUCGCCGUUGCUCCUGCAGCUCCUGGCUCGACAAGGAGUGCGUCUACUUUUGCCACCUGGACAUCAUCUGGGUGAACACUCCCGGACAGACAGCUCCUUACGGCCUGGGAAACCCGCCAAGACGCCAACGCCGCUCUCUGCCAAGGCGCUGUGAAUGCUACAGCACCAGGGACCCUGCCUGUGCCACCUUCUGCCAUCUAAGGCCCUGGACUGAAGCUGUGGCAGUCCCAGGCAGCGGGUCCUCUGCAGACGUGUUCCAGGCUGGCAAGACAUGGGCCACAGCAGGAGAGCUCCUCCAGCAGCUGAGGGACAUUUCUGCAGCCCAGAUCCGCUUUGCUAGGCAACAGCAGAAGGCAACAAGGGAGCCCAGGUCUACCCACUCCAGGUGGAGGAAGAGAUAGCUCUGGAAGCUGGAGGAACUCUGGGAAGAAAGCCUGUGCGGAGCCGGGAGGAGAGGGGCAUCCUAGGGCUGGGAGACCCUCCGCCUGUUUCCUGGGCCAGGAAACCCACCUGCUGGAGUUGGCACAAGCUCUGGCCUCCUCGCCCUGUGGAGGGGGCCUCCCUCAAGGCAGCUCCAUGGCCCUCCCACUGCCCAGGAAAGCCAUCAGCCCCCAGGCUGCAGCCUGGACCCCCAUGCUGGCUCUGGCCCGACAGCCCUGCUGAAAGGAACGGCGUGGGGAGUGCGCUAACCUGGGGGCCACAUUCCAAGAAGCGUCCUGUCUAGUGGCUGCAAACCAGGAAUGAUGUGCGGUGGUGGACGUUCACAACUAAGCCAGCUGUAGAGGCUGGAUGGGUCUAUCCAGUACUGAAGUCCCAGUUGCGCCCCGUCUGUCCCCUCCAGCUCUCCCUCCCCAGAGUCCUUGUACCCUCAUACCCGGGGACACUCCUGAUGAGAAGGGCCUGGUCUGCUUCACCUGUCUGUAUAUAACUUAUUUGCUCUGAGAACUUUGAAAAUUGUGAUUAUUUAUUUUAAUGUAUUUUUUAGACUCUCAAUUAUUUACCUGCGAACUUGUGUUUGUAA